UGAGAGAGAGAACACGAGAGAGAUGGAAGAAAUCUUAUGAUAAAAUACUACCGUAACUUCGCGAAUUUUUAAUGGUUUUUAUUCGAUUGGUCUUAAAUAACUGUUUAAUAUUAUGUAAACAAUUAAGUCCCCGCGGAAAAUCUUUCACAAUUUUGAUCCGAGCAAAAAAUAAAGUAGCAACAACAAAAUUUCCGUACUAAAAUACGUACUGAGUGUAAUUGUUUACAAAUUUAAAAUUACCUUUAUCAGAUUAAUUCUUGUUUUGGAGAAAAAAGCUCCUCUUUCAAAUGAUGUGUAAUAUGACAUGGUUUCUUAAAGUUUAAACUGAGAAAAUAGUGAAAAAAGUGAAAAUUGUAUUAAAACGUAGCGUUUACCCUCCCUCGAUCAUUUUCCCUUUCUAUACCAUUAAAAUCGUAUAGGUCCUCCUUUCUCUCACAAAUAGAGAGAUUUAGAUUUGUGGUCGUUAAAAAGGCAAAGAGAGCACUUUUUCCAUGUGUUUCAAAUAAAACACUGUUUUUGUGUUCGAUCUUUGUUUUUCAAUCAAUCGAUUGUCUUGAAAAGUAACACAUUACUAUUGCAGUUUAUUCUGUUCAGUUUUUAAUAAAAUGAAUAAACUAACAUUUAUAACGUGUUUGAUGUGCGUAAUAGCAAGUACAAAAAGUGAUGAAUCCCGAGAAGCUGAUGAAAAUGAAUUUCCAUACAUUGUACGUAUCAAAAGCUCUAACACGAGGUGCAUUGGAACACUUGUGACAUAUUCAAGAGUUGUCACUGCUGGGCGGUGUUUUUAUGUUUUAGACAAAUCUUCCAAUAAAAUGGUACCGGAGAAUUUGAAUAAGUACGCCGCGUAUGCUGGAAGUGUUUAUUUUUUUUCCAGUAAUAUCCUGGGCAGGAACAUUAAAAACGUGUCUAUUCACCCUAAAUUUGCAGAAAAUCCUGACCGAGACUAUUAUCACGAUAUAGCUUUAGCAGAAUUGUCAUCACCGUUUGUUAAACAAAGUGGCCUACGAACAAUAAAUUUAUCGGAUAAAAAUAAACUGAUGAAUGCUUGGGACGACGUGUACUCGAAAAACAAGACUUGCUAUGCUGUCGGUUGGAGUUGGAACCUACAGGAGUGUGAUCCCAAAAAUAACCAAUUAUAUUUGAGGUUUGUCUGGAAAUAUUUGCAAGUGAUAGAAAUUAUGCCGACAACAAACUCGACGUGCAAGAAGUACGCCCCGACAGGUGAGGACAUGUACACCCUGGGCCAAGUGUGCACCACGGGUUCAAAUCUUAAAGAGGGUAUAUGUGGUGGAGACCCCGGAAGUCCUAUAAUAUGCGAUGGUCAGCCCUUGGGCUUGCACUUGUCCAAUUUAGUUUGCAGUCAAUUUCAAAUGAUGCAUUUCUACCAACUUUUUUGGCCUUAUUCGUCUGAUUUCUUAUCAGAAAGUGGGUUCGCCGCUUUAAGCGGCUCCAGUCAUACAUCGAUUGAUUUAUUUCUGCUAUUAAUUCCUAUCAUAUUGCGCUUAUUACCAGUUUUACAUUAUUAAUAUAAAUAAAAAAAAACUAGAUAGUUUACGUUAGAUUUUUUUUAUAAUUACAUUUUCAUACCUGCUAGGCCUUACCGAUUUUUUUAUCGAUUAAAACUUACCAGUAACUUGAUAAAUGUUAUGGGCGGUUUUUAUUUUAUAUGAAAUAUACUUGUGUAUUAACAUUAUAUUUAAACUCUUUCACUAUACAAAACCGCUAUAUUUUGCUUUCCAGCAGUUACUUCCUUUUUCUUGGGCUCUAUCAAAAACAGUCUUCCCAACUUCAUUCAAUACUCUUAGAAUGUACCAUUAACAAGUCGAACUGGCAUUGGGACACUUGUUGGGAAAACUACUUAUUGAACUACUAAAUUUUCCAUUUAUAUCAACGAGCUGCCCGACUCCAUCCAGGCCUGUAACUAUCACCUAUAUGUCGAUGACUCCCAAAUGUACAUAUCUUUCCACCUUUCCGAUCUUCACUCGGCCAUUCUCAAGAUCCAAAAAUCCGUGAAAAUUCCCUCCCCAGUAUCCCACCUCUCUUGCUAAAUGACCAUCCCAUUCUCUUCUGCUCCUCGGUUAAAAACCUAGGAGUAAUCUGUGCAAAACCUUUCCUAGCAUCCUCACAUUCCCAAAUUUCCCGCCAUUGUAGCCUCCCUCAGCCUAUUUCGUCGGUCCUGGUUUCUCUUACCUUUCUCCACCCGCAAUCUCCUUGUAUCUUACCUUAUACUUCCCUUCUUCGAUUAUAGCUGUGUGGCAUACAGUAGUCUCUCGGAGGGGGGGGGAACGCGCGAUUGAAGCGUAUUAUGAAUUAUUGCGUAAGAUUCGUGUUGGUUACCCCACGGGGAUCCCGGUGUCGGGGUUGUAUUCCCAACUUUCCUGGCUCUACCCCUCCUUCCGUGCACAGUAUUUCCUAGGUUGCUUUCUUUUCCAGUCCAUCCACACUCGUCGUCCUCCUUACAUCACCCGAUCCCUCCACAACUCCCCACAUCACACUCGUAACACCCACUCAUCCAAUCGACCUUAUCCUUCCGCAACAUACAACCCAU